AACUUUUACGCCAAAAUCUACACCUCUUUCAUAAACGGGUCCCUGGAUUGUAACCAUGAACAACCUUGACACGAAAACAAGGAACCACGACACCCACUUGAUGUACAAGUUUAAUACGACAUCUACUAACUUGUUCUAUAUAUAUCAUAAGGAUGUACAAGUUUUACACGACAUAUACUAACUUGUUCUAUAUAUAUCAUAAGGAUGUAUAAGUUUUAUACGACAUAUACUAACUUGUUCUAUAUAUAUCAUAAGGCUGUAAGUUUUAUACGACAUCUACUAACUUGUUCUAUAUAUAUCAUAAGGAUGUACAAGUUUUACACGACAUAUACUAACUUGUUCUAUAUAUAUCAUAAGGAUGUAUAAGUUUUAUAGCUGCUGCAUACAAAUAUCCCAUCCAAACGCGUCCAACAAACGAAUCCAAUUCUAGAAUAUUUUUUAAAAUGAAUUGCUAGCCUAUUUCUUCAUCCUUGAAAGUGAUGAACAGCAUCUGUGGUAAACGUUUCUUUCAUAGCAUACGUGAUAUUGUCUUUAUUAGGCAACUCGCACAGAGGCGGAUUCAGAAAAAAUUCAAAGAUCUAAGUUUGCACCUUUUCCGCCUGAAUGGGGAGGGGGUUGAAAACACCAAAACAAAAAAUCUACAAUUUUUGUUUAAGAUGUUCAAACAAUGGGGGUACAGCCCCUGUAACACCCUUUUAGAUCCACCACCAUAUAUACAUGUAGCUGUUGAUUGUUUAUAUUCAGUACAGACCGCAGGAACACGUACAUGCUACAUGUAUGUACUCUUUUGUCAGUAUAUUGGUCAAUCACUUUUUUUUAUUUGUUGGCUUAAUCAUACACAAGAGUUAAAACAGUGCCUUUCAACCAAUUUCCAUAUUUUACAGUUCGCAGUAUGAAUACCUCCCGAGAUACCACAGAUCCGGGUUUUUUGGACUUGACCUACAGCGAGCGACUUGCCAGACUUCCGUAUAGCGUGCUAGUCCUCGUCCUGUACUUCAUCGGUAUCCUAGGCAACAGUCUAGUCAUUCAUUUCUUCCGGCGAAUACAGAGAAAGAAAACGCCAUCAGAAGCCAUUAUCUUAAUCUUGGCCGUUUGCGAUUUGAUGACCAUGUUGCUGUUUGUCUCUAAGGAAUACGAAAGACUACGUUAUGUGAUGGACGUCAAGUCAGAGAUUGCUUGCAAAAUUACUCACUACUUUGGGUUUUCCGCCGGUCUUGCAUCUUCAUUUUUUGUUUCAGUUUUAGCUAUUUACAGGCAUCAACGUCUUUACAAGUCCAACACUUCACAAACAACUAUCACUCGCAUAUUCAUUUACCUAUUCCUUUGCUCUCUCCUGUCAGUGGUUCUGUGUCUACCGGUUCCUUUCAUCGUUGGUCUUCAACAAUUCCAAGUUGAAGGUUUUCAAAUCAGAAGAUGUUGGUUCGCAGAAAAGCAAGUGGUCGAAUUUCUCCCGAAUGUAUAUAUCGGCUGUUUACUUGUUUGGACAUUCGCAAGCUGCUUUAUUAUAGGAUUUUGUAACUUCAAGAUUAUUAGAGUGUUAUAUCAAUCAAACCUUACAUUACCGAAUACAGCGGACCGUACCGAAAUCACAACCUGCAAUGUAGAUCAGACAGAUAUGAGUAUGGUCACUAUUGAAAAAGAGACUGAUGACGUAAAAUCAAGAAAAUGUCAACAAGAAAUGAACGACGAAUCCAAACGGACGACACAAAACACGGAACACAAAACUAGGAUAGUGGUAUCCCAACCCUCGAUCGAAGAUCCAAAUGUAAUUCAAGAUAGAGAUGAAGCAAGCGUCAUAGACAAGACACCCGAAAACGAGACGCUAAAACUGCCAACUUCCGGAGGAAACGGCAAGAUACAUGUAUCAAGUGACACCAAGGAUGCAAAAGACGACGAAGGUGAGAAGGUGGCUCUGUCGAGAAGUAUCACAUACACCAUUACAAUUCUGAUCGUGACUGUGACAAUCAUGGUGUGCUAUUUCCUGUUUCUUACUUUGUAUAUGUUCAUGGCCUUCAAGAGAACGGACCCCAGCUUCCGGAGGAUGUCUAUCCGAGAAGAUGCGUUUUAUACUUACGCCACCGACAUCGUAGCCAUGAACGCUGUCAUCAAUCCCUUUGUUUACUUCUUUAGCGAUCGGAAAUAUCGGAACAUGUACAAGUCAAAUCAUAAACAAGAGCUGAGAAUAUAUGACGGUUCGUUUAGCGUAGGACAAUUUUGAAUUCAGAUAUUGUUCUCUCUCUCUCUCUCUCUCUCUCUCUCUCUGCGAGCGCUCUCUCUCUCUCAAAAUCACCGACUCGACGUAAGGCCAUGUUAGGUUAUCAUUUUCUAACGUUUUGCAACUGUUCAUACUUGUAAAACUUGUUGUAAGGUCUGUGAUGUGCUUAUGUCUCGUAUAAAAAAUACAAGCUGGGAGUAAAUAUUCCUUACAUGUAAUUCACUUCGUGGAAUCGUGUACUCUUGUUUGCGGUGCUUUGGUGAUUGAGAUUCGCCAGCGAUUACUCGAUCCCUGUCGGUUUAAUAUGAAGUAUUUCAAUCAAAUGGAGUUCUGUAAUAGGCAUGCAGAGGCUUCUUUGCACCCUUGCAUUUGCGUUUCUGUCACAAUACCGACGCAGUACCAAAUAGUUUCUUAAAAUACUUAUCAUUUCAAAAAUAUUCUCGUGUUAAGAUAGCAAGUAAAUGUAUUUGACAUGUUUUGAAACAUCAUGUGGGUUGGAAGGCGUGGCUUGGAGUAAACAAGGAGGCGGGAGAACUCACCGGACCUGAGUCACCUACUUAUGAUUUGUAUGAAUGGAGUACUAAAGAUAACAGUAUUAUGUGUUGACUGUACUUAAGAUGAAUAUGUAUUUGAUAUCUAUGUCUGUUGAUUUGUCGCAUUAACAUUGUACUGUACAUGUAUUCAUUGUAUUGACCGUGAUGAGAACUAUGUAUUUGAUAUCUAUGUCUGUUGAUUUGUCGCAUUAACAUUGUACUGUACAUACAUUCAUUGUAUUGACCGUGAUGAGAACUAUGUAUUUGAUAUCUAUGUCUGUUGAUUUGUCGCAUUAACAUUGUACUGUACAUACAUUCAUUGUAUUGACCGUGAUGAGAACUAUGUAUUUGAUAUCUAUGUCUGUUGAUUUGUCGCAUUAACAUUGUACUGUACAUGUAUUCAUUGUAUUGACCGUGAUGAGAACUAUCGAUUUGUUGCAUUAGUGUGUUCUGGUGUAGAAAUUUGACUUGUAUCAUUAGUACGCAAUCGUAUCCAGACCCAAACUUUUAAUUUAGAGCUAACGUUGCAAUUUUGACACAACUUACAAGACCAGUAAGAAAUUAGAUAUCUUCCCUUUGUUCUGGUAAAUUGAGAGGAAACGAGUUUAUAUAAAAACAAGAGGUACUGUGAACAAUGCUCGCUAAGAAUACACCCCGCUUACCCCAAUCUCUAAAAAGGUGUUAAUAUGUAAAAAUUACUUCUUUCCUGAGUGUAGAAAAGAAAGGGCAUGCCCAAAAACCUUCGGUAGUCUCUUAUCUAGGAGUGCGCUUGACCUUUGGACCCCAAAGUAAUAGGGAACAUCUUCAUCCCAUGGGUAGUCCAUAUGUAUGAUAUGGUGACUGUAGGUGGAAAUGAUACCACUUUAGAGCCCGGAAACCAUAAUGCUACUUUGAUGUCCAGUGCGCUUUAUCUUUGACCUUUUGACCUCAAAAUCGAUAGGGAACAUCUUCGUCCCAUGAGUAGUCCAUAUGUAUGAUGUGGUGACUGUAGGUGGAAAUGAUAACACUUUAGAGCCCGGAAGCCAUUGCGUCUACAGACAGACAACCGAUUCCAGUAUAACCCCCCCCCCCCCCCAAAAAAAAACUUUGUUGCAGGGGAUAUAAUUAAUGAGGACCACAAUAUUGUUUUGGAAUCAUUUGAAAAACAUUCAGAGGUAUCUAGGCUUAAUGUUUUAGUUUUGCAAGUCCUUAUUAUCAAGUAACAGGUUGACAAGUCGGGGGUAAGAUCUCCGAAGAGACCACCUUUUAAUUCCCACCUAGGGUACAAGGGGCCCCUGGGUUGGGCAUAUUUAUAGUACAGUAAUUACAAAAUUAUAUACAUGUAUUAAUUAUUAUUAUAGUAAAUAAUGUUUUAUAGUACUUGUAUAAUUAGCAGUAUUGUCAAUUUGUAAAUUUGCUUUCAAUGGUUUAGCUUUAGGUAUUUCAUUCCACACACAAGAGUUCGUCGCUACACUGCUAGAGGCUAGGAUUCCUCAAGUAGUCGGUUUCUAGGUUGUAUAUAGAAAUUUUAUUAUUGUUACAAAAUAUCAAUAUCACAUAUAUUAAAAAAAAAAUUCAUAAUGUACAGUGGAUGUGAAAAUCCUCCUUCAAUCCUCGCCUGGUGUCAUCUAUUAUACAGAAAUUAUAAAAUAAUAUUUUAUGUAUAAUUGUUAUUACAGUAAAAAACUAUAGGCCUA